AUGUCACAGUAUCCGUCGAGUUCUAAGGGUGGGGAUAAUCCUGCUGAUUCUAGUAAACGGUCUACACAGGCCGGGAACACUUCAUUGGUACCCGAUGCAGGAUAUCUUGCUCUUACUGGCCCCGGACAUCGAUCAGAAGGUGGUGUUUCUUCGGCUCGGAGUGAGUUUGCUAAGGCUGUUGGCCUCGAUGCUAGACUCAUUCAUCUGCUCAAAUCUGAAGAGGUUGAAGCUCUUGUGACUAAAACUUCUGGUGGACGAAGUGAUAAUGGAUGUGGUUCUAGCAUUCAUGACCUAUGUAUGGAGCAAGGUGAUGCUGAUGAUUCUCUCAAUAUCAAAUCGGUAGUUUCUGCUUCGGUUGAGCAGCGACUGCAACAUGCUGAGAUGUUUUUGAGAGGUGCUUACAGUAUCACGGAUGAUACUGUGAAGUAUCGUCAACGACUUGCUCAAGUUAAGCAGAAGACCAAUGAACUUAUUGGUAUUAGUAUUGCCAAUGAUGAAUUGCUGGAUAAGUUUGUUCGUGGAUUACGACCAAAUUAUCAGAAAGCGGUGAAGACUAUUUAUGCUCAUAUUCGUGAUACUAAUGAACUAUGUAGUGUCUUAACUCUUUGGGAAGCCUCUAAUAGUGAGUCUGGUGCUACUGUAAAUGUUGUUAGUACUGGUGAAGACUCGGUUAAUGUUGAAGGUUCUCAGAUGGGCCAAGGACCUCAGAGUCAAGGAAGUGCUCAAGUUAGAGUUAAGGUCCCUAUUAAGUGUUGGUACUGUAAUGGUGCUGGUCAUAUGAAGCGAGAUUGUGAUCUUUGGAAGGCUAAAGUGAGAUCUCAGCCGACUCAGAUAGUUAAUGCUGAUGUUCCAAAAUCUAUGGAUCCUUCAUCUGUAGUUGCUUCCCAGCAAUUGAGUCCGGGUUCUGUGAGUGUAGCGCCAGCAGUUGCUGUACCAGCAACUACCAAACCUAUCGGUAAUAAAAGUUCUGAUCAAGACCCUGCUAAUGUUGCUACUCGAGGCUUUGAGAAAGUAUCGGUUAUCUCAGCUAUAUGGGGUGCUAAGGUUGCUGCAUUGUUGGAUACAGGUGGUCAAGGUACAGCAUAUAUUAAUGCUGAUCUGUAUCGUGCUAUUAGAAGUGAGGGUUUAUUCGAUGAUUCCUUGAGUACUUGUCAAGGAGUUACUUUUGGUAACGGUGAACGUGUAGCUGCUUUAGGUGGCUUCUUUGCUUCUCUAGAGGAUGGUGACAAGAAGGAGUUGGUGGAAUCGGUUCAAUUCAAGGUGAUCGAGGGAUUAACUCCCCUUGUCAUUGUUGGUAUUGAGACUAUAUAA